AUGCCCGUAAGACCUUCAAUGAUAAAUCGAAAAAGUAUAAACACUUCAUCUUUUCUAUCACAUGAACCUUCUCUGGAUGAUUCGAUUGUAGUAACCGAAGAAAAAGGUUCUCCACAAACUCCUCAACAGAACUUUGCAAUGCCAGGUGGCAGUAGUGUUUCGACAUUUAGCCAACGCGUGGAUCCGAAUUCACCUGAUCCAUUUUGUCAUCGUAAAAAUCCUUCUUUGACAAUUAAGAUUGAUCCUAUCAGACCUGUAAAUGAUUCAAAGAUGGCUAAUUCUAGGGUUUCACGUGUUCGAAAAGGCAAAGAAAGAGCAGCUGCUAUAAAGAAAUCUUUUUUGUAUAAAACUCAUGCGGACGGCUCAAACGAUGAUUAUGGAUCCAAGAAUCAAGAUUCUUCUAAAAAUAAGAAAGUUGAUGUGUCGCGUGGAAAAUCCUCGGCUUUCCAUGAAACAGCAAUGCCAAAUCGUAGAUCUCCACGUCAAACGCGACAUACUAUUACUGAAGUCAGACUCUUGAAACAAUUUUCGUUCGAAAAACGUCAUAAAUCUGAAUCUAUAUUUAAACUUCCACCCGAGUUUGGUAUAAAAACUUAUUCCCAUCAUAGUUCGCUCUCAAUUCCAUCACUAAAUAAAGUAACAGAUAAUAAAACAACAGAUAAUCAUGUGGCAAAUGUAAUGUCAUCAUCGUCUACAUCACAAAUAAUAGUAACGGAUGAUCCACAAAACAUAAUACCCUUGCCACGAUCGUUAUCCUCAUUAAUACCACAAACAGGAUUAUCAGCACCUCCAC